GCAAACACGUCAUUUUCUUUCUAGCUUGGCAUUUCCUUCACUCCUCGUCAUUCCUUCAACCUCCGGACUUGUGUUUUCUCUCUCUCUAGGGCGAGGUUCUUAGAUCUCUCCACAAUUAGAUCGUCCCAUUUCUCCGUUCCAAUCACUUUGUGUAGAGUUUAUAAAUGGCGGCAGCGAUUGCAAUCCAUCAGUUGGCUCAGUGCAUUACUUGCCAUGCUUGGAGUCCCGAUCACUCUAUGAUAGCAUUUUGUCCAAACAAUAAUGAAGUACAUAUUUAUCAAUUAUUGGAAGAGAAGUGGGAGAGGAUACAUAUUCUUCAAAAGCAUGACCAAAUUGUUUCUGGGGUAGAUUGGAGCAUAAGGUCGAACAGGAUAGUUACUGUAUCUCAUGAUCGGAAUUCAUAUGUUUGGAACCAAGAAGCAACAGAAUGGGUGCCAACCCUAGUUAUCCUUAGGCUAAACCGUGCUGCACUUUGUGUUCAGUGGAGUCCAAAAGAAAACAAGUUUGCCGUUGGAAGUGGGGCUAAAACUGUUUGUAUUUGUUAUUAUGAACAAGAGAAUAAUUGGUGGGUCAGUAAACUUAUCAGAAAAAAGCACGAUUCUUCAGUGACUGGUGUUGCCUGGCAUCCUAAUAAUAUUCUCCUUGCAACAACAUCUACUGAUGGAAAAUGCCGAGUGUUCUCCACUUUUAUAAAAGGUGUUGAUACAAGGGGUUCAGGAACAGGCCCUGCAACAGAUUCAAAAUUUGGAGAGCAAAUUGUUCAGCUUGAUCUCUCAAUUUCCUGGGCAUUUGGUGUCAAAUGGUCCCCAAGUGGCAAUACUUUAGCCUAUGUAGGUCAUAAUUCGAUGAUCUAUUUUGUUGAUGAAGUUGGUCCUUCUCCUUCUGCUCAAAAUGUGGCAUUCCGUGACUUGCCUCUCCGUGAUAUCUUAUUUGUCUCUGAGAGAAUGGUCAUUGGCGUGGGAUUUGACUGCAAUCCUAUGGUUUUCGCAGCAGAUGAAGGAGGAUUAUGGAGUUUUGUUAGGUUCCUCAGCGAAAGGAAAACUUCUUCAAGUGCCAAAUAUGGUUCACAGUUUUCUGAGGCAUUUGGAAAGCUAUAUGGCCAAUCAAAAUAUGGAAACAGCAAUGAUUCAGUCGAACCUUCAAGAUCGCGUGGAGGCAUUCACGAGAACUGUAUCAAUUGUGUGCUGCCACUUAAAAAAGCAGGAGAUUCUACAACGACCCGGUUCAGCACUUCAGGUCUUGAUGGAAAAGUAGUUAUCUGGGAUUUGGUGAACCAAGAAGAUUUCUCUGAAUAUUUUUAGUUUAUCUAAUUAUCAACCCAUCCAAGGUAAGCAGAAGGUCAUUUUGAAGUUCGAGUUCACAUGAAGACCUAUUGAUCUGCCAUGUAUUGUAUCUUAUAUUGAGCAAUUGGUGAUUGAUCUUUUACAAUUUAAGCUUGCAGAGAUGAAUCCAAACUUCAGUUACAAUUUGAAAUGUAAUUGCUUUGUACUAGUAGUAUAUGUGGUUGCUAGAACAGAUUUUCCAUUUUUGUACUUUCCCAUUACUGACUGGAAAGUUGAACAAGUUCUCGUUGUCUUUGUUGAAUGUCUGUAUUAAUAUUUCAUGUUUUUGUUUUAAAAUUUUAUAAAAAAUGAGAAAAUAUUUGACACAGGCA